CUUUCUCACUUUCCCGCUAGACGGGGGCAAGAGUUUUGCCCCUCGGGUGCCCCGGCGUGCGCCCAGCGUCCCGCGCACCGACGUGCCCGGCCCCGGGAGCGGGGGGCGGGCGCCGCGGGGCGCCUCGGGGACUUCCCCGGCGCCGCCGGAACGCGUGACCUCAGCUCCCCGCCUCUCCCGCCGCCGGGACGCGGAAGGGGCGGGCGCCCCGGGGGUGGAGCCGCCUGCGCGCCCUGCGCUCCCGCCCUCCGCUGGCUGGCACCGCGGGCAUCGCGGGCACCGCCGCCGGGCCGUUCCGCCGCAGGCCGCAGCCCCGAGGACUCGCCGGUCGCCCCGGGACGCCGGGUCUGCUCCAGUAGCCCCCAUGGUGCCUGGCAUGGCGAGCAGGUAGGGGACGCUGGGCCUGCAGCGAGACGGGUGGUGUAGAACAUGUCUCCACCACCCAGUUCUUCCCCUGCCGCCAGAGGCCGCACCCACCUGUCCCAUGGCCUGCACGGGUCCGUCGCUUUCUGGCGCCUUCGACAUCCUAGCUGCGGCAGGCCAGGACAAGCUCGUGUACCUUAAGCACAAACUGAAGGCCCUGCGCCCAGGCUGCCGGGGGGCUGACCUCCUGCACGCUAUGGUGCUCCUGAGCCUGGGCCAGGAGACUGAGGCCAGGAUCUCCCUGGAGGCCCUGAAGGGCGAUGCCGCGGCCCGGUUUGUGGCCUGCCAGUGGGCUGGCAUGGACAGCACUGAGGCCCCCGAGGGGCCUCCAGACUUGUCCUGGGCUGUCGCCCGGGUCUACCACCUGCUCACUGAGGAGAAGCUGUGCCCUGCCCCUCUGCGGGAUGUGGCUUACCAGGCAGCCCUCCGUGCUUUCAGCUCCCGGGACGACCACCGGCUCAGGGAGCUCCAGGAGGAAGCCCAGGCCCGGUGUGGCUGGAGCAUCACUGCGGACCCCGGGAGCUUCCGGCCCCUCCGCUCUGAUUCGGGCUGCCUCCCGCCGUCUUUAGCGUCUCCCUCUGGGACCCGCAGCGUUCCAAGGCCCAUUGAGCCCCUUUCGGGCUGGAGCAGAGGGUGUCCCCUGAGGUCCACUGGCAGCCCGGCCUCCCUGGACAGCAACUUGGAAAUUAGCCAGUCACCCACCAUGCCCCUUCUCAGCCGGCUCCGUGGCUCCCACGGGCCCAGCAGGCUGUGUGACAACCCCCCGGCCCGCCCGGUGCCCCAGCCUGCCCACAUGGGCUUCCAGGAGCCGGAGGAGAUGAGCUGGCCCCCGUCGGGGGACGCCACCAGCCCCCCAUUGGAGGAGACUGCCAGCCCCUCCAUGCUGACAAGCCCCCCAGCCCCCAGUCUUCCUGAGGUGGCCCCAGAUGCAAGCCCUACUGCUGGGCCCUACCCCUCAGAGGGUCUAGACAUCAACACUCAGCACCCGGUAGAGUGCCCAGACGUGCCCGCAGCCGCCCAGGCGCUCCCCUUGCCCUCCAGAAACACUUGCUCUGACGAGGACCAGACACCACUACAACCUCCCACAGAAGACCCUGCCUCCCCAAUGGCCCAGCCGUGCCCAGCCACUCCCGCGGCCCAGAAGGCAUGCCCUCCCUGUCCGUCUCCACUGACCCCUCCUUUGGGGCACCCUGCCUCCUCGGCCCCGGAGCCCCCUUCUCUGCAGCUGGAGUCAGGGGAGCAGAGGUUCUAUAACUUCGUGAUCCUGCACGCCAGGGCCGACGAGCACAUUGCCCUGCGGGUCCGGGAGCGGCUCGAGGCCCUGGGCGUGCCCGAUGGGGCCACUUUCUGCGAGGAUUUCCAGGUGCCCGGGCGAGGCGAGCUUCGCUGCCUGCAGGAUGCCAUAGACCACUCGGCCUUCACCAUCCUGCUGCUCACCGCCAGCUUCGACUGCCGCCUGAGCCUGCACCAGGUGAGCCAGUCGCUGAUGAGCAGCCUCACGCGGCAGGGCGGCCAGGACUGCGUGGUCCCCUUCCUGCCCCUGGAGAGCUCGCUGGCCCAGCUCAGCCCCGACACAUCCAGCCUGCUCACCGGCCUCGUGUGGCUGGAUGAGCACUCGAAGGUCUUCGCCAGGAAGGUAGCCAAUACCUUCAAACCCCAGAGGCUGCGGGCCCUCAAGGCCACCUGGAGGAGGGAACAGGGGGUCCGGGCCCUGCAGCAGCAGCGCCGGCACCUGGAGGGCGAGCGGCGGCAGGCAGUAGCGUGGAGCGCUGCAUACUCCGCCUAUGUCCAGAGCUACCAGAGCUACCUGGCCUUGCAGACACAGAUGGAGAACCUCCAGCUAGCUUUCGGGAGCCACGUGCCAUUUCCGGCUCAGGUGCAUUAUGGGGGCCAGGAGCCCCAGGGAGCCCCACCACCCUUUCCCACCUGGCCGAGCAAUCAGCCGCCACCUCCGAAUCCAUGGCUUCCUGGCACACCCCCACCAGCCUUCCCGCAGCCCCCAGCAGUCCCGCAGGCCCCCACCUUCCCGCAGGCCUCACCUGUGUCCCCUCGGAGUCCUGGUCUGCAACCCCUCAUUAUCCAACAUGCACAAAUGGUGCAGCUGGGCCUCAACAACCACAUGUGGAACCAGAGGGGGACACAGGUGCCCGAAGACAAUACCCGGGAAGCCGAACAGCCUAGUGACCGGGCCUGAUGACUUGGACCUUUUCUCCUCCUUUGCCCUGGGACCUUGGAUAAUCCCAAGCCCCCCCACGCCCAUUUCUAGGGGUGAGACAGAGGAACGGGGUCAUUUGCUACUUUCAGGACAUUGCUGGGGAGACCUUCAUCUCUCAGGAUAUAAUGCAAAAUGGGCUGCCAUGACCGUCCGGCCCGCAGGGUGGCCGGAAUUGGAGGUGACAUUUUCAAGUUCUUUCUCCCUGGAUAGUGGUCUGCUGGUCUGAGUGGGCUGGGGGUAUUAUUGGUCAGUGUUUAAUUAUAGUGAAUAUUUAUUGAAUGCUU